AUGAGCUCACAACAGAACGCUCCUCGGUGGGCGGCCUUCGCCCGUGACACCAAUGAGACCAAGAUUCAGGUCGCCAUCAACUUGGACGGCGGCUCAUUUCCCCCUGAGACGGACCCCCGUCUGCAAGUAGACUCUGCGACGGAGGGGCAUGCCUCUCAAUCGACCAAGUCCCAGACAAUCAAGAUUAAUACUGGCAUCGGCUUCCUUGACCAUAUGUUGCAUGCUCUGGCGAAGCAUGCUGGCUGGAGUCUAGCCCUGGCCUGCAAAGGCGAUCUAUGGAUCGAUGACCACCACACCGCCGAGGAUGUCUGCAUCUCCCUCGGAUACGCCUUCGCAAAGGCCCUCGGCACACCCACGGGACUGGCCCGGUUCGGCUCAGCGUACGCUCCUCUGGACGAGGCUCUCUCACGGGCGGUCGUGGACCUGUCGAACCGGCCGUAUGCUGUCGUGGACCUGGGCUUGCGCCGGGAGAAGAUUGGUGACCUGAGCACUGAAAUGCUGCCGCACUGUUUGCAGAGCUUUGCACAGGCAGCGCGUAUCACGCUGCACGUUGACUGCCUGCGGGGUGACAACGAUCAUCACCGCGCUGAGAGCGCCUUCAAGGCGCUUGCUGUUGCGCUGCGCCAGGCUACGAGCAAGGUGGCUGGGCGUGAGGGGGAGGUGCCAAGCACGAAGGGUACACUGAGUGUUUAA